UGUUUCUAGUUAAAGUUAUUCAACACCGUCGCCAACAACGCUAACAUCGCUAUUGCGUUUUUUGUGGGAAAAAAUUGUAAUUGAGCGCAAAAAUUUAUUGACAAACUUAAAUAAAAAUGCCUAAAGGUCGCGUUAGCAGUGUUUGGCAGCAUUACGACAUCAAUGAGGAGUGCGAAAACUUUGCGGUUUGUCGCUAUUGCGGCAACAAUAUAUCGCGUGGUGGAAUGGCCAGCAAUCUAAAGGGCAAUAAUACAACCAAUUUGUGGACGCACUUAAGACACAAGCACGCUGACGAGGUGCUCGUUAAUCCUAUACAACAGCGCCCCGUUAGUCGACCAGCAGUUAUUACAUUAAAAAAAGAAAAAACGUCCCGCAUAGCGAAGGCAAAAGUUGUACGAGAGCCGCUGCGUGUGGCGAAACCAAAAAUCGACGUGCACGCAUCCAUAUCUGGUGCACUGCCACAGAAAUGGGAAGAGUACGAGCAGAACGACGAGGUGGCCGAAGACAUCAAAGAUAUCAUAUACAAUGAAGAUCCGCUCUGCUACAGUCCCAUACAAGUGGUCGAGGACGAGAUGCUCGACACAGGCGAAAAAGUCACUGUAAUGACCAGCAACAGAGUAUCCAGUGCUAAUCCAGUUGUUGCCACCGUGGUCUCAGCGCCCACAAGCGCUGCAAAGACACUGAAGAACAAUUUGGAAACAUCCAUUGAUCGGUUGACCACUGUCAGCGAGCAGCUUAGCUACAUUAUACAACAGCAGCAAGAGGAACAAAUCAAGGACGAUGACUAUUACUUUGCUAUGAGCCUCGUUUCGAGUAUGCGACAAUUGUCAGUGAACCGCAAGCUGUUUGUGCGUGCGAAAAUACAUGAAAUUUUGUACAAAGAGAAUGAGGAGGCUGCGACUAAAGCUGAAUAGUAGUGCAAAGUAUAACCUACGGAUAUACAUAAAUCAUUUUUAAAUUUAUUCACGAAGUAAAUGAAAACAAAACAGAAAUACCAUUUAAAAACAAAAAAAGGAAGAAAAGAAAAAAAAAUAUAUAUAUCUUAUCAACCGAUUAUUCAUGUAGGCUAAAUGUUUCUUUUUUACGUAUUUUUUACGUACAAUUUGCAAUCUUUGUUGGAACAUUUUAUAAUAAGCACACAUAUGUCUGAGCAGAGACGAAUUCAUAUUGAUAAUUUAGAUUAUAUAUGUAUUCAGAUAUUUAAUGCAAAACUUACAAAACGCUAAUAAAUUUACCUAAGAACUCCAAAACUAUAAUUCUGUUAACUCUAAGUAAUUUUAUAUUCACAAUUUUAAAUUUGUUUAUGCUAUGGUAUAUUGAAUUGCGUUCAUUUUGUAAACAAUGUUCAGAUUGUUUAUGUGCCUGUAUAACUCUUCUAUAUUUUCUGUGUAAGAUCUGCCUCACAGCAGACUGUAAACCAGUUUUCCAAAUGGUAAACCAGAGCUCACAGAAGACGUAAGUGACACAUAAUAAGUAUUUUAAGAAACAUAAACUGUAAAUCUACGUUUGAGUAACUAAAUUAAAUAAUCUUAUCUCUGCUGAUUACCCACGCAAACAUAAA